AUGUUCCUUCCGUUCUCGAUUUUCACUCUCAACAUCAUCCUAGCAGUCUUUCAGUUCCUGCUGGUUGCCGUAGUAGGAGCAAUCCUUGCCAUCUAUUCACGGUCCGGUGACCAGUAUGCCAACAGUAUCCGAUGGAGCCGUCAAGGAGGAUACGUGGAGAUGAUCAGUUCGCUUUACAAUUCGUCCUAUAGUGUCCCGAGUCGUACGAAAUGGGUCAUGGUGGCCACCAUCGUGGCAAGUCUUGUAGCUGGUGUGUUAGAUAAAGGCGUGGCUCGCUUCAUUUCUCCAACAGAAAGACUCAUCAGAGGCGACAGCAAAUUAGAAAUCAUUCCACAGUUCCAAGUACUUAGCCGUGAAUAUAUCUUUAGCGGUUGGUCCACAUCAAUUCGACAUGGUGAAAACAUUACAGAGGCCAUGGCUUUGAUGAUCAAUAACACUAGGAACAUCCAAACAGCCGAGGUGGGUAGUGGACGGCUGUAUAUCCCACGAUUGACUGACUUCGAUAUUGUUUGUGCACAGUCCAGCGUUCAUUUUCUGGACGACGAGAUUGCCUAUCUUUUACUCACCCAGGAGGGGUGCUCUAAUGUGUACAUCUACUUGUACAACUUACCGUCUUUCCAUUACAACAACACAACUGUUGUGCAGAAAUCUCCUCACCGGUGGAGUCUGGUUUAUCCAGGAGGGAAAGAGCUCCUUGAUGCGAGUCUGGGAAUUGAUUUUAAACAGUCAGACACGCUCUGUACCCUACGCGAAUUUGAGGUGUCCUACUUCGGUAUCUUUGAUGAAGGCGGAGUGAAUCGUCUUCCUAGUACUGUCACUACGAAAUGUGUUCGUGAGGACGGUGACGUUUUAGUAAUGGCCGCCACCACUGUACGGUUCACUGGGGACCGUCUAGGGUUUAGUAAUACCACCACAAGAUUGUUCCAAGGAACUGAUGAGAUCUUUCAGGCCAUGGACGCGCUCAUUAAAAUGACAGCUCCGGCCCCAACUAAAUAUAUGUAUCAUCCUACCAUUCUAGCCGAGGUGAGGGUCCGUGGGUCCAUGAUCGAUACUGUGAUCUGUACUUUUAGAGUCACUGCGGGUAUUCCAAAGCCUGUAUGUCUGUACUCUGUUAUCAGCUUCUUGGUCGUGAGACCAAAAGAACAAAGCGUUGCUAUUAAAAGAGCAAGAGGUGACGUGCCUUUUUCGUCCACUUCUUCAAGUGCAAAAGCCAUGGUUAUUGAGCAUAUUCCUUCGAUGGCCCAUGAUGAACGAAAUUUGAUCUCAAUACCUCAGCUCCAGAAUGAUACAGUGGCUGUGUCUCAAUUCAUGGCAUCGCUGGGACAAAACUUUUUUACGGAUUACGAAUCCCAUAGGCUCUAUGUGAUCUAUGACGUCUUUGAUCCAGAAAAGGGUCUAGAGAUCCCAAAGUGGUUAUUGGUUGUCGUGAUCGUGGUCAUGGUGGUCUGUUUCUGCGUAUGGACCUUGACAGAGUGGCUCCUGGAUGGGAAAUACACCAGCUCGCUUUACAAGACCAUUUCUAUUCAAUUGGGAUCCUAUAAUCAAGUGUCAGCGCCUAGGGUCAUGCGAGUGGAUGUCAAUCCUAUGAAGUUUGAAGGCAUACUAGUUAUACCUAUUCAAGAAGAGAUGGAAAUGGACAAAGACAAUACCAUGGCCUUAUUGAUGGACAGUCCCUAG